GGUCACCUCUGUUGCAUUCAAGGAUCAUCUUGAAGAUAUCUUGAAUAUUCAGCUGUUUUUUAUUCUGCCCACGACGAUUACCAGCCUUGACAGAAUCAUCCACGUGAGAACAAAGAAGACUUUUUGCAGUUUCAACUUCAUCGUCAUUAAAAUUCUCGGAAAUCAGGCGCACUAGUGUAUCCUGAGGUAUACUGUCGACCUUAUUCAGCAUGUAGCACAACAGUUCGUUGAUGAUUGUUGUCAUUUUACGAACUGCUUGCUGCCUUUUUCAAAAAGAAACUUCGAUUUUUGCGCUAGCACUGAUAGCCGAACUCUUGGAUCCCACUAAAGAAUCUUAUGAAUCCUGCCUCCUAAGUUUUGUCUGUCCACACUCCACGCAAGAUUACUUUACUAAUGCUCCACGGCCCAGGGACUUGCCUGAUGCUUUCACGUUGUCUCACGUUGUCUGCUGUAGCGAAAGCCCACGCGGUGAACCUUGGUCCCUCUAACUGUGUCUGUUCCCUUACCACAGAGGCGCACCCGAUGGAUCCGGCGGCGUUGGCCUGCUGCUCGGGACCCCGUCUGGACGACAUCCUACAAGAGAUUACCGAUGACCCGCGACACAGACGAUUCAAGCUGUUCGGGGGCCGGCCGGUGCGGCCGCGGCCACCGCCCGUCGCCACUGCCGUGUGCCGGCAGCGCACGCUACAGGAACUAAUAGCCGAGCUGGCGUCACCGCGCCGACUCUCCGACGCCGCCAGGGCAGACUCGGAGCAGCGGUGUCUGCGGCAUCUGGAGAUAAUGCGAGACCCGGCGGCGGAGCGCAGUUACGAGAGGUUGCGCUGCGAUCGGCCGCCGUUCGAGGACCGGCUGUUGGUGCUUAAUGAGGUAUUUACCAGCUGACAGCGCUCAGUGCACCGGCGCGUAGACUGAGGGGGAGGGGAUGGGGAAAGUGGGAUUGAGGGACUGGUGACUGAGCUGCGGGGGAGCAGCCUUGACUGAGGACUGAAGGACGAAACAGCUGCGGAAGACUGAACAGCUGAGACCAGUCACAUAUGUAGAUGACUGGUGACUGAACGAGGUGACUGGGGAAUGGGGUGAACGUGGGAGCCGUGGAGGAUCUCAGCUGCCUGGAGUCAUACAAAAGAGAGACGGUGGUGUCAGGGGUUAGACUUCCGAGCAUUGAUCUUCAGUGGUAUUCCAUUGUUGAUGACUGCCUCGGCCAGUAUCGGCCGUUGUUGCUGUGUGCUAGCUGUAGUUCGAUGGAACAUAUCUGGUUGUUUUUAAUUUAACAAGUUUUACGUAUUGUUACCGGUAUUUCCGCACGCACUAAUGUGUUGGUGUAGUGCACAUUUUGUGAAUGUUGUGUAAUGUUGGGUAAUGGGGUUAUGUGUGCAGUAUGGGCGGAUGGAUGGGUGAGGUUGAGUGUUCGCCGUUUGUGAGCGGUAUAUUGGACUCCUGCGGCCCCCGUCAGUCUCUGGGAUGUACCGGGGCGUUUGUACCUCGGAUCGUGUGUACGGUACGCGAUGUACGCCGUCCUCCUCAGCUGUGAUCGGGAUAUCCCGGGCUCCCGCGGAGCUUGGGAGAAUAUCGGGGGAAUAUAUCCACACUCCCGCGGAGUCUGGAUCUGUGUAUUGUUUGACUGUGAUGUCCACAGUCAGAUCCAUGUGAGCGCUCUAUUCCGCCGGCACUUGGUGCGGAAUCGCGCCGAUCGAGCCACUGGCGCGGGCCGUCGCUGCGCUGUCGCCCCUCCAUGCAGGGAUUUGUGGUGGCGAACGGCUCUGAGCCUAACAGUAACGUCAGACAUGAACUGGCGGGUAUCACAAGGUCUGACCAAUACAUGACUUAAUUGUU